ACUCGCGCCGCCGCUCCGCCCCCGCCGGGCGCGCCCACGUCCGUCCCGGGCGCCGCGGGGCCGCCAUGCCGGGCCGCCUGCUGCGGGGCCUGCGGCAGUGGUGGCACCGUUACCGGUACCGCUUCGUACCUUGGAUCGCGCUGAACAUAAACCACAACCCCAGGACCCUCCGGGACGUCCCAGGGGAAGCCAGAGACAAAGUCAUCUCGGACGAAGAGGUCCUGGGGGCACUGCUGCGCCUCUUCCGGGCGCUCUUCACCCGCGACCUCCCUCGCCAGCGGGAGGUCCUGACGGUGCUCCCGGAACCCGUCCGGUCCAGGUAUCCAGACCUGCGGUCAGUCCAGCCUCCGAGGGCGAAGGUGCUUGAACGCGGACAGCACCAGCCGAAUGCCUUCAACCCAGAAGACGUUCUGUAUGAGACGCUGGGUUUCAGUGUUGCCCGAGCAGCCAGCUCCUUGGUUUCCGCCGGAAGGGGUGUCUUCGUCUCGAAAGGACUGGCACGAAAAGGCGCCGUUGUCUCCAUGUACCCUGGUACAGUAUAUCAGAAACACGAGCCAGUCUUUUUCCAGUCGAUUGGAAAUCCAUUUAUUUUUAGAUGCCUGGAUGGCGUACUCAUUGAUGGAAAUGACAAGGGAAUAUCGAAAGUCGUGUUCAGGUCUUGCAGUGGAAGGGACCGACUUGGCCCUUUGAGAAUGAGUGACAGCACCUGGCUGACAUCAGAAAUUCAGAACCCUCUGGCAGUAGGCCAGUAUGUCAACAAUUGUUCCAAUGACAGACCAGCCAACGUCUGCUAUCAGGAGUUCGACGUGCCCCCGGGUUUCCCUGUGGAACUGAAGCAGUACCUCCCCAACACCGCCUACAGCUGCGCCCAGCAGAGGCCCCUUCGCUGUGUCGUCCUCGUUGCUCUCAGGGACGUCGGCCGAGGAGAAGAGCUGCUCUCCAACUACUACACCAUUGUCCGCUGACGGAACCAGGAAGCAGCUUUCUCCUCAGUCCAUGGGAAGAUUGUGGUUAGUCACUUCUCAAUUCCAGAGUGGGAACUUCUAUUUUGUUUCAAUUCCAUGAUAAAAAUUAUUUCUUAAUUUCAAUUUCAAAUUUGCAGUGCAACUCCAAUUUUACUUCAUCUUCACCUAAAUAAAGUAGCUUAUUAAAACCUA